UCCAAGGUGUCGCCCCCUUCCUUGUGUCUCUCUUCCUCCGCCACGCUCACGGCACCAGCAUGGCCAUCUCCUCACGCCUGGCCCUGUGGGAACAGAAGGAAAGUGGCAGCCAUCUCCAUAUCCGGGAGGAGGACCGCAGCCCCCCGCCCUCCUCUCCGCCCCCGCUCUUCUCCGUCAUUCCGGGAGGCUUCAUCAAGCAGCUGGUGCGGGAAACAGAAAAGGAGUCCAAAGAAGCGAAACUGAAAGAGAAGAUUACGCUAAACUCUAAGGAUGAUCCUCCGGGGAAGCAGGUCGAAGGAACCGUCCAGCAGUUUGUGACCAAAGACGCCCACAUCAUGCCAGUGGGGAAGGACGUAGCCGGCCAGGGGGAGCUGCCACAGGGGAGGCUGAAUGGCGAGAAGCCAACGGGGGGAGGCAGGGCCGAGAUCCAGGAGAGGAAGCCCUUGCCUUUCAAGACAGCCCCUCCCAGGAGCAAUGCCAAGCAGCCUACACCACCUGCGGCUGGACUGGUACCAGCUGCCCCCAAAGAAGGGCAGCAAACACACUCCGAUGUCUCCCCGGCCCCUCAAGUUCCUGCUCCACGGCCAAAUAAAAACAGCGGCUCAGGAGAUGCCAAAACGGCCCCAACUCUGUCACGCAAUGACACCGCCGAGGCAGUAAAGAAAGGGAGUUUGCCCUGGAGCAAAUGCUUGGAACCCCCCAAGAAAGAGAACGGGACACAAAAGGCCAAGGAGGAGCCCCACACCAGGCUGGGCAGCAAGGAGAAGGCGGCAGAAAAGGGGAAAGAGUCAGAAAGCUCCCGAGGGAAACCGGCUGGAGGGAAGCUGGGAGAAACCAAAGAGAAACCGGGAAAGUGUGGAAAGCAGUCCGAAGUCAAGCGAGAGCUGGUGGCAGCAGUGAAAGACUCUACAGAAGCAAAGGAGAAGCAGGGAGGAGAUGGGAAAGGGCCAGGAGAACUCCAGGAGAAGCCAGCUCAAGCCGGAGAAAGAAAGAAGCCAGAGCCAGCCCGGGGAGAAACAGCAGGAGGACCAGAAGGGGAAAGCAAGGAGAAAUUGGAUAGAACCAAGGAGGUGACAGGAGGAGUACUUGGGGAAGGCAUCACUUGUGACCAGGGGCCGGAGGACGUGUGGUAUGAAGCAGAGAAAGUUUGGCUGGUCCAGAAGGACGGAUUCACUCUUGCUACAGAACUCAAGCCAGAUGUUGGGACUCCAGAGCUCCCUCAUGGGAGAGUCCGGGUUCGAGUGGAAGCAGAUGGCUCUGUCAUGGAGGUGGAUGAAGGAAACGUCCACAAAACCAAUCCUUCCAGGUUUGACUACGCUGAAGACCUGGCCUCCCUGAUCUCUCUGAACGAGUCGAGUGUCCUCCAUACGGUCCAGCACCGGUACCAGUCGCAGCUGCUCUACACCUACGCCGGGGCCAACUUGAUAGCCGUCCAGCCCUCUUCCUCCACGACCAACUCCCCAAAGAAGGCGUUUCAAGGCAAGCGGGACGGGAUGCCCCCGCACAUCUUUUCCGUGGCCCAGAGAGCCUACUGGAGCAUGCUGAUGCAGCGGCAGGACCAGACCAUCAUGCCUCUGGGCAGGAGCGGGGCCGGCAAGACAACGUGCUGCCUGCAGGCCCUGGAGUACCUGGUGGCCUCCGCAGGCAGCCUGGACGACCGAGUCACGGUGGAGAAGAUCCAGGCCAUGUUCAUGGUGCUCAAAGCCUUUGGAACGGUCUCCAGCAGCCACAGCACAGCCGCCACCCACUUCUCCAUGGUCGUGGCCCUGGACUUCAGCGCCACGGGCCGGAUAACGGCUGCUCAUCUGCAGACGAUGCUGCUGGAGAGGAUCCGGGUGGCGCAGCAGCCGGAGGGAGAGAGCAACUUCAGCGUCUUCUCUCAAAUGCUGGCAGGGCUGGAUUUGGAUCAGAGGACAGCCCUGCAUCUACAUCACAUGGUGGAGAGCAACGCUUUUGGCAUUCACCCGUGCUUGAAGGGUGAAGAGAAACAGAAGGCAUCGGCUGCGUUUUCUCAGCUCCAAGCUGCCAUGGAGACCCUGGGAAUCAUGGCGGAGGAGCAGAAAGCCAUUUGGCGAGUCUUGGCUGCCAUUUACCACCUAGGCGUUGCGGGAGCCUGCAAAGUUGGCAGGAAGCAGUUCAUGAGGUUCGAGUGGGCCAACAACGCAGCAGAAGUGCUGGGGUGUGAGUUCGAGGAGCUCACGACCUCCGUGUUCAAGCACCACCUCAAGCGGAUUAUUGAGCAAGUCACCUCUGGAUCUAGGGGAUCGCUUGGCCACGAUGAUCAGCCUGAGGGUCCCAAGAUGACCGGUGUGGAGUGCGUUGAGGGGAUGGCUGCCGGACUCUACGAGGAGCUGUUUGCCGCUCUUGUGUCUCUGAUCAACAGGUCCUUCUCCUCGAACCAUCUCUCCAUGGCCUCCAUCAUGGUGGUGGACACGCCCGGCUUCUGCAGCCCACGGCACCAGAGGAAGGAGAGGGCAGCGACCUUUGAAGAGCUCUGCCGCAACUACGCUCAAGACCGCCUGCAGAUGCUCUUCUACGAGAGAACCUUCGUGGCCACGCUGGAGCGCUAUCGGCAGGAAAAUAUCGAGAUGGCUUUUGAGCUGCCUGAUCUUUCUCCUGCAAGUACGGUGGCUGUUAUGGAUAAAAACUCAUCCAAGGUUCACGUCUCAGCUGGGGGCCAGGCAGAGGAGCCCAAGGGCCUGUUCUGGAUUCUGGACGAGGAGGCCUUGAUCCACGGCUCAAGCGACGGUGCUGCACUCGAUCGCCUCUGCUCGUACUUCGUGAAGGAAGGGAUAUGCAAGGAAGAGCAGGGAUUCCUCCGCAAGUGUGAGCAGCCGCUGCAGUUUGAGAUCUCCCAUCAGCUUGGCCAAGACCCCGUCCGCUACGAUGCCACCGGCUGGGUGGCCAAGGCCAAGUGGAACCUCUCUGCAGAGAACGCCAUCCAGCUUCUGCAGCAGUCCAAAAUAGAUGCUCUGAAGAAGCUGUUCCUGCAGCGGUCCAGGAUGCCUUUGGUGUGCCGGUCAGUGGCCGGCUUGGACGGGAGCUCCCAGCAGACUCUGCAGCGGGUCGGCAGCGUGAGAAAGACCUUCACGAGCAGCUUUGCGGCUGUGAAGAAGAAAUCUGUGUGUGCGCAGAUCAAGCUUCAGGUGGAUGCUCUUGCUAACCUCGUGAAGCGAUCUCAGAUCCAUUUUGUCCAUUGCCUGAUCCCAAGAACGGAUGUGGAGGGGGUGAAAGAGAAGACGCUACAGCCCUCUGGGAAGCCCGGGGGGAGCGGGUGGGAUGUCCCAGCUCUGCGAGUCCAGCUUUCUGGGGGACAGAUCCUGGAUGCCUUGAGGCUCUUCAGAGCAGGGUACGCAGAUCGGAUGGCCCUGACUCAGUUCCGGCGCCGCUUCCAGAUCCUCGCGCAGCCAGUGAUGAAAAAAUACACCUCUGCCUAUGAGACGACAGACGAGGAGAAGGCUCUGGAGGAACUCUUCCAGGCUCUUGACUUGGAGAAGAAAAGCAUUGCCGUGGGUCACACACAGGUCUUCCUGAAGGCCGGGCUGCUUGCCAGGCUGGAGAAGCAGCGGGAAAAGCUGGUGUCGCCCAACCUGACUCUCCUCCAAGCCGCCUGCAAGGGCUUCCUCUCACGGCAGCAAUUCAAGAAGCUGAAGCUCCAGCGUCUGGCCAUUCGCUGCAUCCAGAAGAACGUGGCCGUGUUCCAAGCAGUGAAGGCCUGGCCCUGGUGGGAGCUGGUGUGCCGCGUUCGCCCGCUGCUGAGUGCCAGCCUGCAGGAAGGCCAGCUCCGAGCCAAGGAGGAAGAGCUUGCCCAGCUCAGGAGGAAGCUGCAAGCCUUGGAUCUUUCACGCCAGGAGUUUCGGCAGAACACAGAAGUCCUGGAGACAAAGAUUGUGGACCUCACCACGGAGCUCGCAGAUGAGCGCUUGAAAGGGGACGUGGCCUGCCAGGCGCUGGAGGCGGAGCGUGCGGAGAGGCUGCGAGGGGCACGGGAGAUCAGAGAGCUGCAGAGCAAAUAUGACCAGCUGCAGAAGAAACUGGAGUCUGCAGAAAAGCGGCUGGAGGAGAUGCAGCAGGAGUUGCAGAUCCACGACCUUGAAGCCCGGAGCUCUGGGAAAGAGGGCGAGUGGCAGAUGCGCCUGGACUGCGCUCAAACCGAGAUCGGGUUCUCUCAGAGGGUCUCGCAGCUAGAGGAGAGGCUGGAGUCGGAGCGGAACGCCAAGCAAGAGCUGGAGGAGAAGCUCAGUGGGGCCCAGAAAGCCUAUGAGGGGGCCAAGCGGGGGGUGCUGCAGCUGAAGAGGAAGUGCAAGCAGCUGACCUGUGACCUGGAAGACACCCGAGUCCUGAUGGAGAGCCAGCAGAGCCGCAGCCACGAGCUGGAGAAGAAGCAGAAAAAGUUUGACUUGCAGCUGGCCCAGGCCCUGGGGGAGUCUGCUUUUGAGAAGAGCCUGCGUGAGAAAGUGGUGCUGGAGAACACGGGCCUGCAGUACGAGCUGGCCAAGCUGCGGCAGCACUUGGAGGAAAGAGAAUCUGAAAAGGCCAGCCUCAGCCAGCGGGUCACAGUCCUGGGCGCCCGUGUGCAGGAGCUCAGCGCCUCCAGCGGCCUGGACCCUGGUGCCGUGGGGGCUCUCCGGAAGAAGCUCUGGGACCUGGAGUCCAGUGCCGCCGAGCAGCAGCAGGAGCUGAGCAGCCAACUGCGCACCAUUGAGCAGCUGGAACAGCUGCACCUGAGACUGGAACUGGAAAUUGAGCGGAUGAAGCAGCUUCACCAGAAGGAGCUGGAGGACAAAGAGGAAGAGCUGGAGGACGUCCGGCAGUCCUGCCAGAAACGGCUCCGCCAGCUGGAGAUGCAGUGCGAGCAGGAGGGCGACGAGAAGCAGACGAUCCUCCGCGAGAAGCAGGACCUGGAAGGCCUCAUUGCCACCCUGUGUGACCAGAUCGGUCACCGGGACUUUGAUGUGGAGAAGAGGCUCCGGCGCGACCUGAAGAGGACCCACGCUCUGCUGGCUGACGUGCAGCUUCUCUUGUCCACUGCCGGGGGAGAUGCCGGUCCGCUGGGGAGCAAAGAGGAGCUGGAGAAGCUUCGUGGCCAGUGGGCAGAGAGUGAGGCCAGGUUUGCAGAGGCCCAGAAGUCACAUGAGAUGCUGACCCAGGAGCUGGAGAACCGCCAUGCGGAGCUGGAGGCCAUCAGUCGCAACAAGAAUUUGGUCGAUGAACAGUUGUACCAGCUGCAGCAUGAGCGAGCCGAUCUCCUGAAGCGCAUUGAGGAGGACCAGGAAGACCUGAACGAGCUGAUGGCCAAACACAAGGCCCUGAUUGCCCAGUCUUCCACAGACAUCACCCAGAUCCAGGAGUUACAGACACAGCUGGAUGAGGUGAAGAAGGAGAAGCACAGCCUGCAAGAGAAACUGCAGGCCGCUCAGACCCAGCUGGCCUACCUGGAGCAGUCGAUGGUGGAGCGGUCCAUCGUCAGUCGCCAGGAAGCCCUCAUCUGUGACCUGGAGAACAAGCUGGAAUUCCAGAGGGUUCAGAUCAAGCGCUUUGAGAUGCUGGUUCUUCGCCUUCGGGACAGCGUGAUCAAGGUGGGGGAGGAGAUGGAGAAAGCAAAGGAAGCUGAAGUGCGAGAAAAGGAGAAUGCCCACUACUACCAGCUGCGGAUGGAGGAGAUGAAGGCAGACCUGGCUGAGCUGGCGCAGAGGGAACUGGAAGCCAGUCGCAGGAGGGUGGAGCUGGAGAAGCAAGUGGGGGAGCUUUCUGCCGUGAGACAGACGCUGCAAGCAGACCUGGAGACUUCAAUCCGGCGCAUUGCAGACUUGCAGGCAGCUCUGGAGGAAGUGCAGUCAAGCGAUGAAAGUGACACGGAGAGUGUCCAGACUGCUCGAGAAUCACUCAGCUCAAGGCAAGAGACGGGGAGCCAGCUGAGUUUGGGGUCCAGUUGGAGCUUGAACCUGGAACCUGAAGGAAGCGUCCAGUCGUGGUCAGCUUCAACGUCUGGCUGGUCGGCUACUUCAGGCACGAGUCUGGCUGGAACCCUCUCAAGACAAGCUGUGGACAGGCGCAGUGCAGAGAGCCUGAGAAUCAUCAAAGACCAUGGCCGGAGUCCCCCAGCCUCGUCCUUGUCAAGUGUCAAAAGGUGGGAAUAUGGAAGGAACGGAAGGGAGGAGGAUUCGGGCCAAGUCAUGAGCCCUUCCCUUGGUGCUCAGAGAUGGGACUAUGGGAAGCUCGUGUCCCGAGAGGAGGCUGAGGUGCCCAAAGACGUAGGCUCUGCCUCUCCAUCCAUAGUAAGGAAGUGGUCCUCCCCAGCAGCAUCUGCAGAUGGAAAACUGCCAAGUCCUGCAUCCCCAUCAGUGAUCAGAAAGGUGUCUCCUUCAGCUGAUGGCAAAUUGUCACGCUCUUCAUCGGCACUUUCGGAAUACGUCGAAGAGCUGCGGCGACAGAGGCUGAAAGACAAAGAAGCGGGAGCCUUGGUACUGGAGGAGGAGGCGUCUUCUUUGCCCAUCUACCAAACGACCGGGGCCUCUUCCCUUCGAAGAUGCAGGACUUUGCAGGAAGACGAUUACCCUGCAAAGCCAGACCAACCUGGGGAGAGCGGUGGGGUGGGGCUGACGCGGUCCUCCAGCCUGCGAAGCAUCUCCUCUGAAGGGAAGCCACGCCCAGCCCCCUCGCCUAUUCUGAAGAGGGUCUCCAAGUUCGGCUCCUACGACUCCCUUGUCCAGAGCACAGGUGAGGCACACUCAGAACUCAGCUCACCUGCCCUGGGAGGAGACGCUUUCAGCACCUCAAGGCAGAAGCCAUGGAGGAGCAGUCUGGCAGCACCGUUGGAAGGAGCGAUGGGAGCGGAUCUGGGCCAGGAUCCUCUGGUGUUUCAGAGCAAGAGCUUUGGAGAUGCUGCAGGCAAAGGAAAGGAAAGUGACCCCUUCUCUUGGGAAAUACCAACUUUAAGUUAUGAAAGAAAGACAAAUGUUGAAUUCGACGACAUCCUCCCAGCCAUCCGGAAAGCCCAGUCGACCAGCAGCUUGUCCCGAGGCCCCAGGGAACGGAGGGAAGGGCACCGGCCCAUGAGUGUCCAUUUUGAAGACCAGAUCUCCACCAAGACCCCCUUAUCGCCAAGCCUGAGACCCAAAGAGGACCCCGGGCACCUCUCCGAUUCCUCUUCAUCUUCCAGCUCGGGCGUAUCUUUCAAAAGUGCUGACAGCAUCAAGAGUCGGCCAAGGAUCCAGAGGCUGGAAGGGGAAGGAUGUGUUGAGAAAGGAAACACCACGAGUGCCAAAGAUGGUGGGCGGUCUGAGGCAGAUGGGAAAGAUGACGACGUGAACAGCAUCAUGAUGAAAUACCUGGGGAAAGAAUAA